AUGAGUUUCACAAUUGAAACACUACUGAAAACAGAUAAUUUACCAUUUGAUGAUUUAAAUAACCUCGAUCAAGAAUCCGUUAAUUCUGACAAUCAUCAAGAAUACAAUGACGCACGAAAAUACCGAUCACAUCAUAGCUCUCAUCAUAGAAAACGAAAUUCAGAGUCAAUGUUCCAAAAACAAACCGAUUUGUCACUAUCAUCACUGGAUAACUCGAAUGAAAUGACUUCUACAGCUAAUUCAUCUCCAGCUAGUCUUCUUUCAUCAGAACCAACUCAUUUGGACAAUCAUCAAAACAUACAUUUAUCUUCUAGCCCAUUUAAUCAGUUCUCUUCACAACAACCAAUAUUAUCGCCAUCCUCUUCCUCUACUUCUUCUUCAUCGUCUUCAUUACUAAGUACUUUCUCAAGUCCAUCUCAUUCAAUUACAACUCACAACAGUAAUAUAUCACCAAUUACCAAUGAGAAAUUGAAUAUAAUCACUGAAUAUGAUUCUAAGUCAAAUGUAAAUAUUAAACAUCAUCAUCAUGAUCAUCAUCAACAAAGAAAUUCUAAGAUUGAAUAUUUAAAUCCUUGCACAAUUCAAAAUGAUAGAAAUUCGACAAAAGCAACUGCACCUAGUACCACCACCAUAACUACUACUAGUAGUAGUUGUAGUAGUAAGAAUUUAAGUGAAAAAUCAACAAAUCAUUUUCAUUCAAAAUCUAACAAUAAGUUUUCAUUUAAUUUAAACAAUCGUUCUGAUCACUACCACCAUCACCAUCAUCAUCAUCAUACAAGUUCAAAAUAUACAAUGAGACCAAGACGUUUAAGAACAACAUUUACUACAUAUCAAUUGCAUACAUUAGAAACUUCAUUUAUGCUUAACCAAUAUCCAGAUGUUGCAGCACGUGAUCAAUUGGCAAGUCAACUGAAUUUGUCAGACGGUCGCGUACAGGUUUGGUUUCAAAAUCGUCGAGCUAAAUAUCGUAAAUACGAACGAUCACACAGCCGUAAUAAUAUGAAUAUCGACAAUAAUAAUGAUAAUAACAGUCAUAGUAGUAUGGAAAUAAAUCAACAGCAGCUUAACCUAUUUCCUGAUACUCAAACAAUAUUGAACACAUUCAACGCUUAUACAUCAGCUUUGCAACAUUUAAUCCCUAACAACAAUGCAGAUAACAAUUCGACUGUAUUAUUUUCAGCUAACAACUUAUCUCCUGUUGCAUUGACAACAGAUACAACUUCAAAUGUUUCUCAAGAAGAAAUUCAUCUGAAAAACAAAUCAUUGUUAAAUUUGACCACUGGAAUAGAUACAAAGGAAACAUUCACAAAUACAUUGUCCACUACAGAUACAACUAUUAAAUUAAAUUCUAGAAAUGAUUAUUCUACAUUAUUAAGUUCUAAAGACUUAGCUACAAUUCUAAUUGGAUUCAAUGGAAAUCAAAUACCAUUUCAAAUGAAAUAG